AUGUCUACAUCAGUACGGUCACGGUUUGUCAAGCCAGAUCUUACUCUUUCGACAACAUCUACGAUACAGCGGAGGACUCUGUUCGGCGCCUCUACAUCUAGAAGUAUUUUGGCACAUUUGGAGGAGACUGCGAAUAAGAAUCCCAACAGCGCCACAUCUCAAUAUGCUUUUUACCAAGCCCUGAUCCGAGCCAAUAUGCCCGCCAUCGUCGUGGAAAGAUUCCAAUCGAAUCAAUUCGCAUCGAAUCAGGCCUGCGAGAAUCUAUAUCACCGUGCUUUGGGGACGCUUGGUCAGUCUGAGGCUAUCAACCCUAUGAAUCAGUCUCAAUUUGGUACCCAAACACAACAGCAAGGAAACCUCAAUAAUGCACAACUUCAAGCUAUUGGACAAGCUGUUGCGGCUUCUUCUCGUGGUGGCAAUGUUGCUGUGUCUCGUGGACCCACCGGCUCUGGCGCAAAGGAUUCUCCACUCCAUGUUGUGGUUGAAGAGACAAUUGGCGGCUCAAUCUUUAAAUGGGUUAAAUUCCUGCUCUACUUUGGUCUCUUCACUUACCUCAGCUUGGUCGUGGUGGCAAUGGUCAUCGAAACCUUCCAGCAAUUCCGAAAAGUUGGUGGAAAGGCUGAAAACGAAGCCAAAGCGGAACACCAAAAUGUUCGAUUCUCUGAUGUUCAUGGAUGUGAUGAAGCCAAGGAAGAACUUCAAGAGCUUGUUGACUUCCUGAAGAGUCCUGAUAAGUUCAACACACUUGGCGGCAAAUUGCCAAAAGGCGUUCUUCUUGUUGGUCCUCCAGGAACCGGAAAGACCUUGUUGGCAAGAGCUGUUGCUGGUGAAGCUGGUGUUCCAUUCUUCUUCAUGUCAGGAUCUGAAUUCGAUGAGGUCUAUGUUGGUGUCGGUGCAAAGCGUGUGCGCGAGCUUUUCGGUGCUGCCAAAGCCAAGUCUCCCGCUAUUGUUUUUAUCGAUGAACUCGACGCUAUAGGCGGCAAGCGAAAUGCUCGAGAUGCUGCUUAUGUCAAGCAAACACUCAAUCAACUCCUCACCGAACUUGAUGGAUUCGAACAAAACAGUGGAGUGAUCAUCUUGGCUGCGACUAACUUCCCGGAAAUGCUCGACAAGGCACUUACCCGUCCUGGUCGAUUCGACCGUAAUGUCGUAGUAGGCUUACCUGACGUACGCGGACGAAUUGCCAUUCUUCAACAUCACAUGAAGAAAAUCAUUGCUGCACCAGAUGUCAGUCUCGAGGCUCUUGCAGCUGGAACUCCUGGCUUUUCCGGGGCAGAAUUGGAGAACAUCAUCAAUCAAGCUGCCGUACAUGCUAGCAAAGCUAAGGCACAAGCUGUUUCAAUGUUGGACUUCGAGUGGGCUAAGGAUAAGGUCAUGAUGGGCGCUGAGAAGAAGAGCAUGGUGAUCACACAGCAAGAGAAGGUCAUGACGGCUUAUCAUGAAGCUGGACAUGCUCUCGUCAUCAUGUUCACUCCUGGGACAGACAACUUACAUAAAGUUACGAUCAUGCCUCGUGGUGGAGCAUUGGGAAUAACCUUCCACUUACCUGAGAUGGACAAGUACUCGAAGGGCAUGAAUGAGUAUCAUGCUGAGAUUGACGUCUGCUUGGGAGGCAAGGUUGCAGAGGAGCUCAUCUAUGGAUCAGACAAGGUUACAAGUGGUUGUGCAUCAGAUCUUCAACAUGCGACACAAGUUGCAUAUAACAUGGUCACAAGAAUGGGCAUGUCUGACAAGCUAGGCAAUGUUGAUCUCGCCUCGAACUAUGAGAACCUGUCAAUGGGCACGAAAGAGCUCAUUGAACAAGAAGUUCGGCGGUUUAUUGAGGAGAGUAGGACGCGGGUUACUGCCUUGCUCACUGACAAGAAGAAAGAACUUGAGCUGCUGUCGAAGGCUCUCGUUGACUACGAGACUCUCAACAAGGAAGAGGCGUAUAAAGUCAUCAAGGGUGAGAAGCUGGAAGGCAGAAUGAUCAUGCCCUCUGGUAGCAUCAAGGUGCCACAGAUAGGGUUAGGAGGUCAAUUACCUGAACUACCACAGAUCCCAGGAAGUGCUGCACCGGAGCCAGUAGGCAAGGAGCCACCGAAAGGAGGAGCGGUAGCGUGA